AUGGCCGCAAGAGCACCUGCUGGGGCCCGACCUGGAGCCCGAUUCGCUCAGUUCAAACUUGUUCUUCUUGGAGAGUCUGCUGUCGGAAAGAGUUCUUUAGUCUUGCGCUUUGUAAAGGAUCAAUUUGACGAUUAUCGGGAAUCCACCAUCGGCGCUGCGUUUUUGACCCAAACUAUCUCUCUUGACGAGAAUACAACCGUAAAAUUUGAGAUAUGGGAUACUGCUGGUCAGGAAAGAUACAAAUCGUUGGCCCCGAUGUAUUAUCGUAAUGCAAACUGCGCAGUCGUCGUCUACGACAUUACCCAAGCGUCGUCACUCGACAAGGCGAAAUCCUGGGUGAAGGAGCUUCAGCGACAAGCGAAUGAAAACAUCAUCAUUGCUUUGGCGGGAAACAAACUUGAUCUUGUGACAGAUAGUCCCGAUAAGCGGGCAGUUCAAGCCGCCGAUGCCGAAGCCUAUGCACGCGAAGCUGGUCUGCUGUUCUUUGAAACCUCAGCCAAAACAUCAACAAACGUCAGAGAGCUAUUUACUGCCAUCGCGAAAAAACUACCCCUAGAUCAAGCUGGCCCACGGAAUUUGAGAUCAAGCGCUCGCCCAGGCGUGGAUUUACGUCCUGAGUCGACCAAUACCCAGGCUGGAGGAUGCAACUGCUAA